AUGGCAGCAGUUGGAGAGCCUAGUUCGGAUAUAGACAUGACCGUCUCAGUCCUGCGGCGGGAUUUGACUUCUGAGAACGUCCCACUUGCCCGACGAUUUCGCGCAUUAUUCUCUCUCAAACACGUUGCUUCGCAGGCUUCUGGGCCACAAGCAACAGCAGCAAUAGAAGCAAUCGCGGCCGCCUUUGCUUCUCCUUCAGCACUCCUGAAACAUGAGUUGGCAUAUUGUUUGGGACAGACUAGGAACCUAGAAGCGGUACCGUUCCUUCGAGCGGUCCUCGAAAAUAGGUCGGAGGAUGCAAUGUGUAGGCAUGAGGCAGCGGAGGCGCUGGGGGCGCUGGGAGACCUGUCUAGUCUACAAAUCAUGAAACAGAUGCGAAACGACGAUCGCGAGCCCGUGGUGGUUAGGGAGACUUGUGACAUUGCUGUCGACCGCAUUAAUUGGGCACAUUCUCAGAGCCGGCAUACCGAAAGCUUGAAGUCCAGCGACUUUGCCUCUAUCGAUCCUGCGCCUCCUCUCCCUUUAUCUUCAGAAACACCUUCAAUUCCGACUCUACAGACGGCCCUCCUCGACACGUCAUUACCACUUUUCCAGCGAUAUCGUGCCAUGUUUGCGCUUCGAGAUCUCGCCUCUCCACCAGACCUUCCCACAGCAGAACCCGCCGUCCACGCCCUUGCUUCCGGGUUCAAAGAUCCGUCAGCCCUGUUCCGACACGAGGUGGCUUUCGUAUUCGGGCAACUAUCCCACCCGGCGUCAAUACCCGCUUUGCUGGCCGUGCUCGAAAAUACCAAGGAAGAAAGUAUGGUGCGGCAUGAGGCUGCAGAGGCACUGGGUAGUUUGGGAGAAGAGCCAGGUGUGGAGGAUAUGCUGAGGCAAUUCCUGGAUGACCCCGAGCAGGUCGUUCGUGAGAGCGUUAUUGUUGCUCUUGAUAUGGCCGCAUAUGAGAAAACCGGGGAAAUGGAGUACGCCACCAUUCCAACAGAGGUUGCUGCAUAA